AUGGUGAAGUCAAGUGUGGCAUUAUUGUGCAAAAGUACUUCAGCGUUGAAGAGACAUAAGAUCAAUGAGAUAUCUGAAAAGUACUUGAAAGAAAUUACACACUUAUACCUAAAUGGUAAAAAUCUAGAUGAACUGGGUGAUGAAAUGGCUCUUUGCCAGUGCCUAACUGUUCUCUACCUAUAUGACAAUAAAUUGAAAUCUAUACCAAAAUACUUAAACCUAUCCCAGUUGACACAUUUAUAUCUUCAAAAUAAUCACAUAAGUCGUAUAGAAAACUUGAACUCAUUGGAGAAGUUAGAAAAGCUUUUCCUCAGCCGAAAUUGUAUCAGUAUAAUUGAAGGCUUGGAAGGAUUAAUCCGAUUACAAGAAUUACGCAUUGACAACCAAAAUUUGGAUCCAGGCGAAAGUUUAAUCUUUGAUGAUCGUAGUUUGAAUUCUGUAGCUAAUAGUCUUAUAUGCUUGGAUGUGUCAGGUAACAAUUUGGACACCCUACAAGAUUUAAGUAAUCUUCAUGCCUUAAUCUCUUUGAAUGUAUCGAAUAACUCCAUACAGUCUAUCCAUGAUCUAUCUACAUCACUGAAUAAAUGGUCAAACCUUAAAGAGUUCCAUAUACAAGGCAAUCCUGUCAUGAAAACAGCUCGAGCACGAGAUGUCAUCAUUGUAACUGCAAAACGUCUGGAUGCUUAUUCAGGAUUCUCCUUGUGA